UUCCAGGAGACAUUGGGAUUCCUGGACCAAAUGGACCUGAAGGACCAAAGGGACAUCUUGGAAACAGAGGGCCCCCUGGGCCUCCAGGUCUCAAAGGAACUCAGGGAGAAGAAGGACCAAUUGGACCCUCUGGAGAGCUGGGAUCAAGGGGAAAACCAGGUCGAAAAGGGCAUAUGGGUGAGCCAGGGCCAGAUGGCUUAAAGGGAGAACUGGGAGACCAAGGAGAUAUUGGGAAAACUGGUGAAACAGGACCUGUUGGUUUACCUGGAGAAGUUGGGAUAACUGGAAGCAUUGGUGAAAAGGGAGAACGUGGAAGUCCAGGCCCACUUGGUCCCCAGGGGGAAAAAGGUGUCAUGGGCUACCCAGGUCCUCCUGGAGCUCCAGGACCCAUGGGCCCACUUGGAUUACCUGGUCUUGUUGGGACAAGAGGCGCACCUGGGAGUCCUGGUCCUAAAGGACAAAGAGGACCCAGAGGACCAGAUGGCCUCGUGGGGGAUCAAGGUGGACAUGGUGCCAAGGGUGAAAAAGGAAACCAAGGAAAGAGAGGGCUUCCUGGUCUUACCGGUAAGGCUGGAAACCCUGGGGAGAGGGGAGUUCAAGGAAAACCAGGCUUACAAGGACUCCCUGGCAGCUCAGGAGAGAGGGGCCCUGCCGGAGAACCAGGACCCCGAGGCCUGCCUGGUGAUGUUGGACUUCCUGGAGAGAUGGGUGUGGAGGGACCUCCAGGCACUGAGGGAGACUCUGGCCUGCAAGGUGAACCAGGUGCUAAGGGAGAUCUCGGAUCUACUGGCAGUGCUGGAGCCACUGGGGAGCCGGGGCCACGAGGAGAACCAGGAGCUCCUGGAGAAGAAGGUCUCCAAGGAAAAGAUGGGUUAAAGGGUGCUCUGGGAGGAAGCGGACUUCCUGGAGAGGAUGGAGACAAAGGAGAGUUGGGCUUACCAGGAACAGCAGGGCCCGUGGGGAGACCAGGUCAGAUGGGCCUUCCAGGACCUGAAGGAAUUGUAGGAACCCCAGGACAAAGAGGUCGACCAGGGAAAAAGGGCGAUAAAGGACAAAUAGGACCCAUGGGAGAAGCUGGAAGCAGAGGCUCUCCUGGAAGCAUUGGGGAAAACGGCCCUAAGGGCACCAGAGGAACCCGAGGUGCUGUGGGUCCAUUAGGAUUGAUGGGACCUGAAGGCGAACCAGGAAUCUCAGGAUACAGAGGCCAACAAGGUCAGCCAGGACCCUCUGGAUUGCCAGGACCUAAAGGAGAAAAGGGCUACCCAGGAGAAGACAGCACAGUCCUGGGACCUCCUGGCCCUCGAGGUGAACCAGGGCCAAUGGGGGAGCAAGGAGAGAGAGGGGAACCUGGCGAAGAAGGCUAUAAGGGCCACAUGGGUGUGCCAGGACUCCGAGGUGCCACUGGACAACAAGGACCCCCAGGUGAACCAGGUGACCAGGGUGGACAAGGACUGAAAGGAGAAAGAGGAUCUGAAGGUCCUCAAGGGAAAAAGGGAGUUCCUGGUCCUUCUGGGAAACCAGGCAUUCCUGGACUUCCAGGCUUUCCCGGGCCAAAAGGCUUACAAGGAUACCCUGGAGUUGAUGGCAUGUCAGGAUACCCUGGGAAGCCUGGACUACCAGGAAAACAAGGACUUCCGGGCGUCACAGGCAGCCCAGGAAGAACAGGAUUGGCUGGAUCCCCAGGUCCUCAAGGAGGAAAGGGCUUGUCAGGCCCUCCAGGAAGCCCUGGUGUUCCGGGACCAAAGGGUGAACAAGGGCUACCUGGUCAGCCUGGAAUUCCAGGUCAAAGAGGUCGGCGAGGAACACAAGGUGACCAAGGACUACAUGGAGAGCCUGGUCUGAAAGGGCAGCCUGGAGAACAUGGUGAUCAAGGUUUGACAGGUUUCCAGGGAUUCCCAGGCCCCAGAGGUCCAGAGGGGGACGCUGGCAUUAUUGGAAUUACAGGCCCUAAAGGUCCCGUUGGGCAGAGGGGAAACACUGGCCCUCUUGGCAGAGAAGGAAUAAUAGGCCCAACAGGUGGAACUGGACCCAGAGGUGAAAAAGGCUUCAGAGGUGAAACUGGUCCCCAAGGACCAAGAGGUCAACCAGGACCCCCUGGUCCACCUGGAGCACCUGGUCCACGAAGACAAAUGGAUAUCCAUGCUGCUAUUCGAGCUCUGAUAGAAUCGAAUUCCGCACAGCAGAUGGAGAGUUACCAGAACACUGAAGUGACUUUAAUCAACCACAGUUCAGAAAUAUUCAAAACCCUGACCUACCUUAGCAGUCUCCUGAGCAGCAUCAAGAAUCCUCUUGGCACACGAGAAAACCCAGCACGGAUCUGCAAGGAUUUACUCAGCUGUCAGUACAAGGUUUCAGAUGGAAAAUACUGGAUUGACCCAAAUCUUGGAUGCUCUUCAGAUGCUUUUGAGGUUUUCUGCAACUUUAGUGCUGGAGGCCAGACAUGUUUAUCUCCUGUUUCUGUGACAAAGUUGGAGUUUGGAGUCGGCAAAGUACAGAUGAACUUUCUUCAGUUGCUGAGCUCAGAAGCCACCCACAUGAUCACCAUUCACUGUCUGAGCACCCCGAGGUGGGCCAGCACACGGCCAGAUGGUCCUGAGUGGCCUAUUAGCUUCAAAGGAUGGAAUGGUCAGAUUUUUGAAGAAAACACUCUACUUGAACCUCAGAUCCUCUCAGAUGACUGCAAGAUUCAGGAUGGCAGCUGGCACAAGGCGAAAUUCCUUUUUCACACCCAAAAUCCUAAUCAGCUUCCUGUGACUGAAGUCCAAAACCUUCCUCAUCUCAGAACUGAGCAAAAGUACUCCAUCGAAAGCAGUUCCGUGUGCUUUCUCUAAGGUCCCCGGGUCAACAUGGAAACCAUGCUGUUGGCCAGGUAACUGCAGAGAGGGAAAUGUAGAUAGAAAGGUAUGUCGUUAUGAAGUGUGGGUGGUAAAAAGAAAAAGACAGGGGCUAAAUCUUAAGAAAUCUCAGGAAGAAACAAUUUCCUCCUAAGGAGAAAUGGCAUUUUUUUUUAAAGGACUAUGAUUGAUAAUGUAUUUAAUUCUCUUAAAUUUUUUUAUUGAUCUGAGUUUUCAUAAGGAAUUCCCUAGAACUGAAAUUGUAUAGACUUGGAAUUCUUACUUGGAGGGUUUCCUGUGCUUUCGUCCCAUGAGACAGCCGGAGCUGCAGGGCGCCAUGGAGCAGUACUGGAUAGUGCUCCAAACGGUGGGAUGUGUCCGUCUAAAACUGCAAGCCAGUCUGCAGCACCUAGUCCCAAACACUAAGCUGUGUUCAGGUCCCCUGUGGGCAUAUAAAAUCUUAGCAGUGCACACUACCUCUUUUGUGUUUCCUUUUGGUGUUGCUUGGUGCUGUUUCCCAAGACAGGGUGCUGUGGCUCUCAUAAGACUAUCUUAUUCCUUUCUUCAUCUUCGUCAUUAAGAGUGUAUGUACUGGUUACAUCCAAAUAUGUCUUAAUUGUUAAUACUUAUUUCCAUUUGUUUGGUCUCACAAUUAAUAUCAAGCAAAGUUAUUUAUGCAAGGUCCUUAUUUUAUUUUAAAAUUCUCUUUGUGCACAUGGAAUCGAAGCCAGCAUGCUGUAACUCGUGUGUAUGGACAAGAGACCUGGGACUUUUCUUUUGUUGUUUUUCUUCUUUAAAUUGCUGUAAAAAGUACUUCAGGCCACCUAUAUCCAGUGGUAGGUUUGGAUUAGAAACUGGUGUUUGUGAUAUACUGUUUUAAAACUCCAAGAUCAUCUGGAAUGAUAUUUUGUAUAUAUAUAUAAAUAUUGUGUAAAGUUUAAAUUCAGCCAAUCCUUUGGAAAUUGCUGCUGUUUUAAAUUAUAAAAUGUUAUAUUUAUGCUUUGUAGAAAAUACUUGCUUUGUAGUACUCAAUGAUUUUUCUUUCACCUAUCCGAAAUACAAUGCUUAAAAGAAUUUUAUAGUCUUUGAAGCAACAUCAUACACGAGGGAGACUUUUUCCACUAAAACUAAGCUCAGCCCAUUCAGUCUUGUUGUCAGAGAACAAUGUGAGUUCAAUAGCAAAGGAGACGGUGCUUCUUGCCCUAUGGGCGAGCCUGUUGUUCAUCUGUUACAAGCAUACUGUUAACCUCAGCAAACCACAUUUACCUAUCGAUAAUAAAGAGGUGCUUUAAAUCAUUUUGAA